AUGGCAGUUACUCUGAAGUGCAGUAGUUGUGAUAUUGUGAUAAACGAACUCUUGACUUUUGUUGUUAAUAAGUUGCAUGUGAUGGACGACGAGAGCAUGAGUAGAAUAUGUGUGGAUUUUUACUCGGCGGAAGAUAUCAAGAAGGCUAAGGACUUAUUAUUUCUAUCUCUCCCUGCGCGAAAGAGAAAAAUUGUCCGAAAAAACGACGGGAAAGAACGCCGUGAUAUUGACGACAUUAUCGAGUUAGCCCGGGUUACGGAGCCUGAUAAAUUUCCAGUGUUCGUUGCCCGCGAUCUACACAAAUUGCCGCCGGUGGAUUUUGACUCUGUAGACGUAACGUCGCUUUUAAAGGAUAUUGUGGUGCUUAGAAAUGAACUGCGAAUCAUAAAGUCACAGUAUGCUACAACGGAGAUGCUAGAAAACCUGGAAAAGAAGCUCUUGGAUCGCAGGAUUUCAUAUGUAAGUGAUCCAUUUUAUCAGAACGUUAGCCAGUCAUAUUUGAAUGUAAACGUUGGCAGACGCGGCGGUUAUUUGAACAGCGGACCAAUGGGCAUUACCAACUUUGACGCAUUAUCUAGAAGCAGCGAAUAUAACAAUGACGAUCAAAACAAAGAUACGCGGUCUCACUCCAGCCCGCACGAAUCUCACAAGUCGCCAUCCUGCUCACCGUUGCGACAGAGUGUCUUAAACUUAAAACCGAACAUCAAUCAAAACAAUGCGUGUGCGCAUGCGCCCGAUACUGUGCAGCGGCCCCCUCCGCCACCCUCCUCACCGCCGUCGCCUGUCAUUUCAACGGAGCAGCCGCAAAGUAAACAACAUAAAUCUAGUUUAAAACAAUUAUCAUGCGCGGCCAGCCAGGUGAUCGGAGCUUCGGAAUCUACGAAUCUGCCUGCUGUAGAGGGAAACAACCAACAAAAGACAUUUGCAAGUGUAGCAAGCGAAGGAGAAUGGUGUACAGUAAAAAAGCCGUCAUUUAAGGCCCCGAAGAACCGCCUUAUCGGAAAGAUGGGCAAGGCGGAUAUCAACUGCAAGUUUCGAGCUGCUGAACCGAAAGUUCCUAUUUUGAUUACAAAUGUGCAUAAGGAUACUUCGAAAUCAGAUAUUACGGAAUAUAUACGCGAAAAAACCAAAGAUAACAUCUCGCUUGAUCAAAUAGUUAUGAAAAAUAAAAACAGCAAUCACAACGCUUAUAAGUUCUACGUGUGCAAAAAUAAAGUGAAUAUGUUUCUGGACGAGAAGUUGUGGCCGAGCGGAGUUAUAUUUCGCCGUUUUAUAACUUCUAGUUAUAAACCUACCGAAAACAAUGAUUACGCAUCUACCUCCCAAGCGGCUGUGAGUGCUACGGUGGACGCUACUAUUGCUACGCACGCUACGACGAGUUCUAACAACAAAGCAGUCAAUGGGAAUAAGUAA